AUUAUCGUGUUAAAGGUCUUCUUGAUUAUUUUUCGCUUGGUAUUAAUCCAGUUGAGUACAUAAAAAUGGCAGAGAUUAUUCAACAAGUAGAACAAAGAACAGCAUCGCUGCUAUCUUAUCGCAAGUUCUCACAGAAACAAGACGAAACAAUCAAGGAUGUUCCUGCGGACAGAUACCACUCUCUGCAUUUGGCAUUUUUCAUUUUGGGAAUGGGGGCUAUGGUGCCAAUGUCCUUCUUCCUCAGUGCAAAUGAUUACUGGAUGUUUAAAUUUCGUGACAUUGAUAAGCCAUUCGACACGACAGUCAAGAAUACUCUACAGAAGAAUUUCCAAUCGACUUCCUCUGUUAUCAGCUCAGUCUCCAGCAUCAUCACCAACAUUUUAUCCUCCCUCUUUGCCUACAAGCUGACACUGAGAGCUAGGUUUGUUGGUUCUUUGGCCGUUACGGUUACGUUUUUCAUCAUGUACACUGCUCUUGUAGAAGUGGAUACGGACUCGUGGCAGCUGGGAUUUUUCAUCCUAACGAUGGGUAUUUAUUUUCUUAAUAACAUUGCCGGAUCGCUCUUCAUGAUGAGCAACAUGGCGAUGGUCUCGAGGUUCCCGCCGUCCUACUUGAAGUCCCACAUGUACGGCACCUCUGUGGGCAUUCUGCUAGGGUCCGUUGUGCAAAUUGUCUGCCUCUGGAUAGGAGGCUCAUCGACCCAGGUAGCCCUCAUGUACUUCCUGAUAGGCACCGUCACUUGCGUGAUCACGCUGGCUGUGGCUUUCAUGGUCCAUUACAUUCCGCGCUUCAACUAUUACCAGGGUGAUAGUAUAGCAGAUACGAAGAAGUCGUUACCUUCUUGGGAUGAUCUGAGAGAGGUGUCCAAGAAUCUUUGGCCACUGAUUCUAGGUGCGUUCAUUGGCUCCCUGGCGAUGACCAUGAGUGGGCCUGCCAUGACUGCGCUGGUCAAUUCUGAUCAUCAUGAAAAAGGAGAUCCCUGGACAGAUAAAUAUUUCGUUCCUGUGCUCGCUUUCCUUCUUCCUGGGGUUGUUGGGCUGAUAGGAAGAGUCCUCGCCACUCCUUUAUUAAACAGAUCUAACGUUUACUGGUGGUUGGCCGUCAGCAUCAUUAAUUCUUUGGCGGUGACGCCCCUCAUAAUGUUCUGCAACUCCAAUAAGGAACACCUGCCGAUUCUUUUUCCUCACGAUUGGCAAUUCAUCACUCUACAGAUAGUUAUCAGCUUCAUUAAUAGCUAUCUAUCAACCUUAUCAUUUCUGAGCAUGCCUAAGUUUGGAGGAGAAAAUAUAGAGUUGACUUUCUUGGUGAUGGCUACCUUGGUGGGGAUUUUCAUGCACGCCUCGUCACCACUCUCCUCUGUUUGGGUGAAUAUCCAAUGAAUGGAUUUUUGCCUUCAAAUAUAUUUAUUCUCAUGUCUACAGAGCGAGUCAAUGAUCUGAAUUCGAUGAAUUUGAUUUUCAACGAAUAUCACAUUCAUAUAUAGGUUAGGUUAGGUAAGAUUCGAUGUAAUUCCAUAGAUUCCACUAUUUUCGACAUUGGGUGUGAUUUGGCUCACCCCUAGAAGGUAACAAUCCACAAAAUAAUCCAAAUCUGUUCAUUGAGUUCAAUAUUGGAUAGGGCAAGAUCGCUUUAUAGAACACCAGCCUAUAUAUUGGUGAGUUAAGAUUUGUAGAUCUUGAAUCUUCAGGAGGAUGAGCAGAAUUAUCAGAUAAUAGUGUAAAAUUAUAAAUCUCAUCAUCAAAGUCAACAUUUCACAACUGAAUUACCAGAAAAUGAUAAUUUUUUUUUGUCCAGCGCAGUUUGAGCACUUCUAGUUAUUGCAGCAUAUUCAAUUCGCAAACUGGUAUAAACAACGCUACUGAAUACCACUUGUUCUAGUUUCUAUACAGUGUCGAAUAGGAAUUAUUCCUAUAUAAAUGUUGCAGUAACGAAUCCACUUUACAGUGGUUAUUAGACUUUCGUCAAAAAACACCCUGUUUUAAUUACUACCACUACCAUCUCGAGGUAAUGCAGUUAUUCGUC